CGGAGGCGCGCGGCGCGAGGGAAAUAGUGCGCAGCGGAGUGAUCCGAGGGCGGGGGCGGGGCGCCGGAGGCCAUAUAAGCACCUAGCGGAGGGAUGCGUGGCGCAGUUGGCGCUGGGUGAGGUUUGUGCUGUCGGUGGGGCCGAGCGGCGCCGCGGGAAAAAUGCAGAUCUUCGUCAAGACCCUGACAGGCAAGACCAUCACCCUUGAGAUCGAGCCCAGCGACACCAUUGAGAAUGUCAAGGCCAAGAUCCAGGACAAGGAAGGCAUCCCCCCAGACCAGCAGAGGCUGAUCUUUGCUGGCAAGCAGCUGGAGGAUGGCCGCACCCUGUCUGACUACAACAUCCAGAAGGAAUCCACCCUGCACCUGGUGCUGCGCCUCAGGGGUGGGAUGCAGAUCUUCGUCAAGACCCUGACUGGCAAGACCAUCACUCUGGAAGUUGAGCCCAGUGACACCAUUGAGAAUGUCAAGGCCAAGAUCCAGGACAAGGAAGGCAUCCCCCCAGACCAGCAGAGGCUGAUCUUUGCAGGGAAGCAGCUGGAGGAUGGCCGCACCCUGUCUGACUACAACAUCCAGAAGGAAUCCACCCUGCACCUGGUGCUGCGCCUGCGAGGUGGGAUGCAGAUCUUCGUCAAGACCCUGACUGGCAAGACCAUCACCCUUGAGGUCGAGCCCAGUGACACCAUUGAGAAUGUGAAGGCCAAGAUCCAAGACAAGGAAGGCAUUCCCCCAGACCAGCAGAGGCUGAUCUUUGCAGGCAAGCAGCUGGAGGAUGGCCGCACCCUGUCCGACUACAACAUCCAGAAGGAGUCAACUCUGCACCUUGUCCUGCGCCUGCGGGGUGGUAACUGAACCAGCAGGUUGUUCCAAAUAAAAGGUUCCCUGCACUUGUUCAUUCCAAUAAAGCUGUUGCAUCU